AUGAUUAUGGAUAGUCUCAAGAUAUGUACAGUAUGUGCAUCCAACAACAACAGAUCAAUGGAGGCACACAAACAAUUGUCGGAUGCUGGUUACGAUGUUCAUUCCUUUGGUACUGGUUCUGCGGUGAGGUUACCUGGUCCAUCCAUUGAUAAACCAAAUGUCUACAGUUUUGGUACUCCUUACGAACGGAUUUACCAAGAACUACUAAGUCAAAAUGCUAGGAAAUUGUACGAGCUGAAUGGUGUGUUGCACAUGUUGGAGAGAAACAAGAGUGUGAAAGCAGCUCCAGAAAAGUGGCAAGAAAAUAGCUACGCUGGCAAAUUUGACUUGGUUAUAACAUGCGAAGAGAGAUGCUUUGAUAGCGUACUCGAAGAUCUAAUGUUGAGAUUGUACAACAAUAACUUGCAGCUGGAUUUGAAAAGAGUGGUUCAUGUAAUAAAUGUCGAGAUUAAGGAUGAUAAUGAAAAUGCUAUAAUUGGUGGUAAAGGUAUUUUGAAACUCGUCAAUAUGAUCCACGAUUUCAAGAGGAAGCAACAGGAGAAAAAGGGCGAGAUUGAAGACGAACUGGAUAUAAUAUUAGAAGAUCAAAUGAUGGGUAUUUUGACAGAGUGGCAGCGGGAUCAUGCUCAUCUACAAACUUUGUAUAGCGAUCGAGGCAGUACCAUGAGUGACACUGAUCAUCAGCAUGUGUCGAAAAGAAGAAAAGUUAGAGAUAAAGCUUCCUUUCAGCCGGGCUUUUUAAGGAAGAUCAAGGUGUGGAAUUUCACAACUUACUCAUAUACCGAGUUUGUUUUAUCUCCCACCCUAAAUAUGAUUAUUGGACCCAAUGGUAGUGGAAAGUCGACUUUAGUUGCAGCUAUUUGUAUUGGUCUUGCUGGAAAGAUUGAUCUAAUCAAGCGAAAGAACUUGAAGUCAAUGAUCAAAACUGGUCAUGACAGAGCAGUUGUCGAAAUUACGAUGGAGAACUUUCCCGGUAAACCUCCUCUUGUUAUCAAGAGAGACUUUUCAGCAAAAGACUCAGUGUGGAGCAUCGAUAACAAGAAAAGCACAGAAAGUGCAGUGAAAAGCUUGAGAGAGAAGUUUAAUAUUCAACUAGACAACCUUUGCCACUUCUUGCCGCAGGAGAGAGUUGCCGAAUUUGCAGGGAUGUCGCCAGAGAAGUUGUUAUUGGAGACCGAAAGAACAUUGAAAAAUGGUCGCCUACUCGCGUUACAUGAAGACUUGAUAGAAAAGGAUGCUAUCAGUCAGGAUUAUCUCAUAAAGAUUGAUGCAAUAAAGACGAGGUUGGAACAUUUGUACACACAGAGAUCUAAGUUGGAAGAAGAAGUUCAAAAGCUACAAGAUUAUGACAGAAAAGUUAAGGAGAUUGAAACCCACAAGGCUAUGUUACCCUAUGCCAGGUAUAAUGACUUGAAAAAGAAGCGUACCGAAUUAAAAGAACAAUGGGACCAAGCCAAACGCAGGUAUAUUUCUUUUGACAGGAAUUUUGAUCCGUUGAGGAACGAUGUGUCUCGUCUUGAAGGUGCUAUCGAGUCUCAACGAAGAAAUCAUCAGGACGCGCUUAAGGAGAGAGAUGUCUUGAUGAAGAAAAUCGAUGGUUACAAACGCGAUGUCAGUAAAAUACAAGAUGCCAUAUCUGAUCUGCUUGCCUCUUUGAAAGGCUAUCGAGAAAAAUCAGACCUGAAGAAGCGUGAAUUGGAGGAAGUCAGAAAAGAGUUGGCGACUUUGACUACUCAACUAGAGAGCAUUGAACGGGUCGAUAAGGAGCAACUAGAAGCUCUCAACACGAAAUAUGCUGAAACAAGAGCUAGGUUGCGAGAGACGGAGGAGAAACUUCGAGAAGAAAACAAUCAAACGGGUGACUUGCGAUCAGAUUUGAAUAAUUUGACACGAAAUGUACAACGUGAGGAAUCUAAACUACAAGGAAAUGACAAAUUGGAGUUGUUGUUGUCGGCAGCUCAGGGAAAAAGCUACCGACUUCGUGAUGAAUCGUUCAAAGCCCACCGUAAGCUUCGAGAUAUGGCCAAUCUUGACUUUACCUACUUUGAGGCUCCGGUCAUAUCUUGUAAUGUUACGGACAAAUCGUUAGCACCAGCUAUGGAAAAGAUAAUUGACAACAACACUUUGUUUGCUAUUACAACAACUACAGGACAAGCUUAUGACAAAAUGAAUAAUUUUUCCAAACAAACGAGAUUAAACAUUCCACUCAGAAAAGUUGAUAAUGAUGAGCCGCCUAGACCUCGUUAUUCGCAAAACGAGCUAAGAUCUUUUGGAUUUGAUGGGUACUUGUCUGACUUUCUCACUGGUCCGAAAGAAGUACUUCAUAUGAUUUACAACACCGCCAAGAUACACACUAUACCAGUGACCAAGAAUCAAUUGAGUCCGCAGCAGGUUGAUAGGUUGACGAAAUCACCCGACAUCACUUUUAAAAAAUUUGUUGCUGGUGAUACUUUGUUCAAUAUCCAUGCAUCAAAGUAUGGUUCUAAACAGGUUUAUUACGAAUCAGAAAAGAUUGGCGGAAAGUCUCAGUUUUUUGCCGUUUCUGGUAUAUCAGAUCAAGACAGGCAAAGAAUCAAUAGUACCUUGGCUAGCCUCAAUCACAAAAUCUCGGAGAAAAGGGAAGUCUACCAGAGCCACAAAGGCAAGAUUGAGCAGUACUCAUCCGAUGUCCGCACCAUCCGGUAUGAGAUGUCUGAAAUUAAGAAUGAACAACAAGAAGUACAAAGGAUGAUGAGUGAGGUAACAAAUUUGGAAGCCAAAAUCAGCUCCAAAAAGGAAAAAGAGCGCAAGUUGGAGGAAGAUUCAAACAAGGAUUAUUCGCGUAAGGUGAGGCAUCAUGAGCACAAGAUAGCUGAAUUGUACGGUGAAUUAGCACAACAAUCUAUGGUUUUGAGUCAGCAACACGUUCUCCUUUCAGAUGCUCAAAUAAAGUGCAAGUUUCAGGAGCUUCAGUUGAUUACCCUACGCAACAAAUUGGAUUCUGCCUUUGAGUUGAUAGGGGCUCUUGAGCUGAUCAAAAAAGAGUUAGCAUCUGACGUUGCAAAAUACAAGGCCGAGUAUAAUAAAAUAAAGGACUCUCCGGAAUACAGAGAAUAUAGAGAAAAACAUGAAUCAUUGACUGAAGACGAAAGGAAACAAAUUGCUGAAUUUGCAAGACCGUAUCUCGAUACCGAUACGUUUACCGAACACACCAUAAGAACCAAAAUCCAUCACUUGGAUGAUGAAUUGUCAGUUAUGUCAAUGGGUGAUCAGGGGUCAAUCACAACGUUGCGUAAAAUCGUGCAAGACAUUGAAAUGGCAGAAACAGACUUGCCUAAACUCGAAUCUGAGAAACAUUCCUUGGAUGAACGUAUCAAAACUAUUUCGACUGAGUGGGAUCGUGAUUUGUCAAAGUUUGUGGACAAGAUAUCAGUUGCGUUUAGCAGAAGGUUUGCCAAGGUUGCGAGCGAAGGGCAAGUUGCUUUAGCAAAAGCUGACCGAUUCAAAGAUUGGAAAUUGCAAAUUUUGGUCAAGUUUAGACUGGAGUCGGAAUUGAAAGUAUUGGAUAACCAAUCACAAUCAGGUGGUGAAAGAGCUGUUUCAACCAUUUUCUAUAUCAUGUCUUUACAAGGCUUGAGUGACGCUCCAUUCAGGAUAGUGGAUGAGAUCAAUCAAGGUAUGGAUCCAAAGAAUGAGCAAAUGGCGCACAGAUAUCUUGUUCAUACUGCAUGCCAGAAUAACAAGUCUCAAUACUUUUUGGUGACUCCGAAAUUGUUGACAGGGUUAUACUAUCAUCCAGAUAUGGUUGUUCAUUGCAUCUUUACUGGUCCAAUGAUUGAAGAGAAUAAUGAUCAACGCGAGAAUGGCUUUUUGGAUUACGUUAACAGGUUAGUACCCGUGUAA